AUGUCCGCCCAGCACUCUCGAGGCGUUACGCCUGCUGGGGCGAACCAAAAUAAUUCUACAUACCACUCUACUGGGUCGCCCGUCGUCGCGGCGCCGGGGGAUAUUCCCUUGGCCCCUUCGCACUCGGCUCCCCCGAAUCCGCCCGCUCAUUCCCAACUUUUCGAGUCACCGAACGCGAACGCGCCUGCCGCGGGAUCGACGGCUGUUGCCCCAUUCCCGGCUCAGCCGCCCUUGCGCCCUCUUCCUCGCACCCCCGUACCUGAUAUAUCCGUCUUCGCCCCGGCCGCGCCCCUACCCUCUUCGGUCGAAAAGUCAAAAACCGCGUCGGAUCUAGUCGCUGCCGUACUUCGAGUCGUGGACAGCGCUGACCCGAUUGGGCGCCAACCGUCUCUACGCGACCGAGUCAGGACCAUCCUCAGCCACGCCCUGCCUGCUGAGCGCGUCCUCAACGUCUCGAUGCGCGGUCGGGCCGCUCGCUACAUCGUGGAAUCCUCACUUGUUCAGCAUAUCUUCAGAGCGAUGUAUGAGCUCCAGAAGAUUCUCAACGACUUGGCGACCAUCACGACAGGGGACUCGAAAGCUCCGCCCGCGUUCACGGUGGACGAACGUCGGGUCAUCAUUCACAGUCUCGGCGAAGGCUGCUCUACGCCUGACGAGAUUCGGGAGUGGUACACUAUUGCGCAGUCUCGUCUCCGAACUGCGAUGCAGUUCGUGGACUAUUAUGCUCGCCUUUAUCAGAAGGUGCCUGAAGCCGCGACUCCGGCUCAAUCCUUAUACGGUCUUGCCUCGGAGCCGAAUACCGACGACUUCUCGCAACUCCGCGCUCUCUAUCUGGCUCGCUACCGCCAGUCCAAUCGGAUGGGGGGCGGUCAUACCGCUCCUCUCUCGACGGCUCCAGCUCAGAACACCACGGUCUCUUACACGGUCAGUAUGGGCGACGCCACGUUCGACCCCUUCCAGGGUUUAGCCGCCCAGAGUACGCCCACGAUGGCCGCGGAAGCCGACCCGUCGCUUGCGCUAUCAUCCAGCACCGAACUAUUACACACCCCUCGAGGAGAAGCGGCUCCGAGUAUCUUGCUGCCUCCUGCCACAGUCGAUCAUCGUGUCGCGAGCGAAGUAACGGAAGGUUAUACCUUGCCGCCUUUGCCAGCGAUGCCCCGUCCAGCUCAACGAGGGCGUUUGACGGGCUUAGGCCUCGAAGGCCUUCUACACCCGAUUGGGGAUCCUGCUCGUUACGCUCCGCCGGCCGACUGGGCUCUGCAGAACCACGUCCGCUUGGAGGCUGACCGCGUGGUCUCGAAAAUCGAGAGUUCAGCGGGGCGCGGUUCUCCUCCGCAUCUCUCCCUACCGCCCCCGUCCGACUCGUACAGCUGGUCGGCGAAUGGUAGUACGGCCCCAUCGAUCCCUCAAGCUCCCUACGACGCGUCGAUGCACCUUCAGCCCUUUGCCAAUCACGGGCGCGCGUCGUACGCUACACCAGGAUUCGUUCCCGGAGGUUGGGGGGCGCCGUUUCAAUCGCUGGAUUCGGCCACUGCUUCUGUCACCGCUACUUCGCAGGCUCACCCGCCCGCCGGAGGACCACCGAAUGGUGGACCCCCAGGAGGUAGUCCCAACGGCGGCGGCGGCCUUCCCGGUGGCACACCGGGGGGCGGCAACCCUUACGGAGGCGGCGGUGGCCCUGGCGGAAGCGGCGGCGGUGGUCCUGGUGGCCCUGGCGGUCCUGGGGGCCCUGGUGGUCCUGGUGGCCCGGGAGGCGGCGGAUAUCCCGUCCCACCUAUCCCGCCUAAUCCAGGGGCAGGCCCGGGAGGAGGUGCUCCUCCACCUGGUCCUCCUUAUGGUCCCGGAGGCGGUGGCGGUGGCGGUGGACCGCCCAACCCUGCUAAUAAUGCCGCGCUGCCGCCUGCGAACGACAACCGUUAUGACCCGCAAGAGCCACACAUCAAGAACUCGAUCGCGCCGGAUAAGCUGCCUUCAUGGGAUGGUGAACCGGAGUCGGUCCUACCGUAUUUCCGUGAACUCCUGGAAUACGUUCAGCUCGGUCCUCGCAUCGCCAGGGAAAUGUUACCCUUUCUCCCUGGACAAUUCGUACGGGACUCUCGUGCCCGUCUGUGGUGGACGGUGCAACCGAACGACGUCCGCGAGCGUGCGGGGCAGAGCAUUGAGCAAUUCAUGAACGUUAUCAAGGAAGGCCUCAUCCCCUCUUGGUGGGUCGACAAACAGCGCGUCGCUUAUCAGCACAUGUCGUUCCGCAGCGGCAAAGGCAACGAGAAUGAAGGUCCCUACACGUACUUCCUGCGCCGCCUGAACUUCAAACGCAUGAUCUUCAUCGAAGCGUAUGAAAGUCGGUCGGAGAUCGAGACACUCAUGGUCGGAUGCCCAGUCGCGUGGAGCGCGCAGCUCGCCACCGCUAAUCUGGAGCACACGAAGGAUUUCCUUACUCGUGUUAUGCAUAACGAGCGCACCUUGCUGGCUUCGUGGCAAGUCGAGAACGGAGGCGGGGAUAGGCUCGCUUUGUCAAGAUCGGAUGUGCGGAAGGAGAUAUGGGACGCUCUGCGUACUUAUGGGCGAUCCUCAAAUUCUCGACCACGUUCGGGCUUCAGUCGCCAGGCUAAUCUCGCGGACGGUGAUACCGUCGACGAGGAGGACCUGGACGAUCUCGAUGGCGAAGCCAGAGACGCGUAUGCGGCUGCCAAGAAGCGCGAGUGGAAGCCUCCGCCAGGUGGAUACCCCUUUCCUCGUAACGAUGCGGUAAAGUCAAAUAAAAGACCCCCGCCGGGUCCCUGCCGCGCGUGUGGAAGCCCUAUGCAUUGGAACAACGAGUGCCCGAACUGGGAUUUGUUUAAAGCGAGGAGACAGGCUAAUACGGUGGAGUGGAGCGACCAAGACGCUAAGAACGAAGAGCUUAUCUCAUACGUAUACCAGGCAGUAGUUGAUGCUAUGAUUCGUGACUCGUAUAUCGAUGUUCCUUCCUUGGAAGCUGGCUUGGCCGCUCUCCAAGAAGGACAGUGUGAUCGCGAACGACGGCCCCGAGGUGUGACAAUUGAAGACGUUCCGGAGGUCGACGUACGCGUCUCCGCGCCGCUGCCGGAUUGGUACACUGCAUUGCUAGUUCAUCGCGACGAGUUGCUCGAAUGCGAGGCAUCUACUGCUGACGCGAAGGAAGUGAUGCGUGUCGACACUCCGCCGUUAGACCACCACCCCGCCGAUCAUCCGUAUUUCGAACCUCCUCUGUACCCAAGCCCCACCCGCCCUGUCGGUUCCAUACGCAUGCCUCGCUGUAAGGACGUGCAGCCGGGCCGCGCUUCGGAAGGGGUUUCCGUUCUGAACGUGCCCGGCGUACUCGGUGCGCGUGAUGGUCUCGAGCUCAACCUUCGGCUUGAUUCGGGCGCGAAUAUUUCCUUGCUUAGCGAGCGGUCAUACCGCGCGCUGGGCGAGGCUGCGCCUCGUUUAUUGAAGGGCACGAAGCUCCGUCUCUUGCAGUUAACGUCGGAGAAGGCGACCAUUCUGGGAUACGUGUCACUGCCCGUGUUCAUGCACGCUACCACAGGCGAGCUGUUGGAGUUCGAGCUUGAGGUGUACGUCGUGCGCAACAUGACGGUUCCGCUGCUGUUGGGCGAGGACUUUCAACUCUUGUACAAUCUCGGUGUCUCGCGUGCUGGGGGCAUCCCUCGGAUCGUGUUCCCCGAGUUGGACUUUGAAGUGGCGGCCGCUCCCGUCGACCUCGGUCGCGAUUCCGCGUUGCUGGGCGAAGUUCCAUCCGUCCACUGGCCACCGUCGAAAUACGGUUUGCUGCUGGCGGCGGAGCGUCAGGCUCAGCGGGAUCAGAACGCGAAGAACAACGCGAAGGGCGGCAUUCCGCGUUCUACUCACCGGCUUGCGCGCGUGGCGGCCGGCGUUAAGAUUCCGGCUUUCACAUCCCGCCGUGUGCGCGUCGACGCUCCGUUCAAGGACGACCGCACUUGGAUGUUGGAGGCUGGGUUCCUAGCAGGUCCUCGCGGGCCGGAUUUCACGGUGCCUAAUACGCUCCUCGAUCGGGACUUCCCGUAUGUCUGCGUCGCGAACCCCUCUGCCCGCGCGUUGCGCUUGCGCCAAGGGACUGUCGUUGGCCGUCUGGAGGAUCCCUCGGCAUUCUUGGACAGCCCAGUCAGCCCCGAGCGCUUGGAAGAGAUGUCGGCUUGCGCUGAUCGCGUCCGCUUGCUCGCCGAAGCGCAUUUCGCUUCGCUGCAGGCCGGUGACGGGGGGGCGAGCGACUACCCGCGUCCACGAAAGGAGCCAGAGGUCGACGUCACCACCCCUGCCGACUCAGCAAAUGCGACAGUAGGGGAAGGAAGCACGGCGAGGCCAGACGACGUAGACGAACAGGACCAGUGGGGUCCGAAGACAGCAGAAGGUCCCGAUCCGGAGGUUAUACCUUUGGAAAAGAUGCGGGAAGUACUGGACGUAGGGCAGCUGCCUCCUCAUCUGACGGAGAAAGCGUGGGCCAUGCUCAGCAAGAAUGCGCGAGCAUUUGCCUUCGAUGGCCGACUCGGGGAAUACCCCGCUAAAGUCCAUAUACGAACGGUGGAUGGGCAAGUCCCCAUAGCUGUACCUAUGUAUGGGACAUCUCCGGCGAAGAGGAAGGUCAUCGAAGAGCAACUAGACGUCUGGUUCCAACAGAAGGUUAUCGAGCCCUCUAAGAGCCCUUGGAGUGCCCCGGUGGUCAUUGUCUACCGCAACGGCAAGGCUCGCUUCUGCGUAGAUUACCGCAAGCUCAACGCGGUCACGAUCCCCGAUGAGUUUCCUAUCCCUCGCCAAUCCGAGAUCCUCAGCUCGCUGUCGGGCUCUCAAGUACUAUCGUCGUUGGACGCUCUCUCGGGAUUCACGCAGCUAGAACUAGCCGAGUCAGAAAUCGAGAAAACCGCGUUUCGGACCCACAAGGGCCUAUUCCAGUUUCGACGCAUGCCGUUCGGGCUUCGUAACGGUCCCUCCAUCUUCCAACGGGUCAUGCAAAGCGUACUAGCGCCCUUCCUUUGGAUAUUCUGUCUAGUAUAUAUCGACGACAUCGUGGUAUAUUCUCGCACCUAUGAGGAACACAUCGAACACUUGGACAAGGUCCUAGGUGCUAUUGCGGCAGCAGGUCUUACCUUGUCGCCCAAAAAGUGCCAUAUGUUCUACAGUUCGAUCAUUCUCCUUGGUCACAAGGUGUCGCGGUUAGGCCUGUCGACGCACAAAGAGAAGGUGGAGGCCAUUCUGAAGUUGCCGGAACCUAAGACGGUCGCGGAGCUGAGGACCUUCCUCGGCAUGGCCGUAUAUUUCCAAGCCUUCAUGCCUCACUACGCGUCCAUGGCGGCCCCUCUGUUCCAGCUUCUACGCAAGGAUGUUAAGUGGUCUUGGACAGAGGAGCAUCAGUCAGCACACGACCUAAUCAAACGAGCACUCCGAAGCGCCCCAAUUCUCGGACAUCCGGUCCAAGGGAAGCCCUACCGCUUAUACACCGACGCGUCGGGUCACGGCCUCGGAUGCACGCUGCAGCAGGUUCAACCUAUUGCCGUGCGUGACCUGAAGGGUACCAAAGCUUAUGAACGUUGCCGCAAGGCGCACGCGGCGGGGAAGAAGCCGCCCGUGUUCGUUUAUAAUGCCUCGGACAAAAUACGCGAUGUCGAUCCGGUAGAGGAGUGGCGGCCUGAGUGGGAGGAGACUGAAGUUCCCGUCGAAAGAGUGAUCGGGUACUGGAGUCGUACUUUCAAACCCGCCGAAAAGAACUACUCUGGCACCGAGAGAGAAGCGCUUGCGGCUAAGGAAGGGCUCGUCAAGUUCCAACCUUUCAUUGAGGGAGAGGAUAUCCUCCUCAUCACCGACCACGCGGCUUUACAGUGGGCCAAAACUUACGAGAACCAGAACAGGCGCUUGGGCGCUUGGGGAACGGUUUUUGGAGCCUACAAGCCCGGUUUAGAGAUCGUCCAUCGAGCAGGCAAGGACCACGGCAACGUCGAUCCUAUAUCGCGCCUGUUCGAACACGUCCCAGAGCACGUAUCUCCGACUGAGGACGACACCCCGGCCUUGUCUGCCGCCAUGAGCAAGGAGAGUGACCAACCUCCCUCGCAGUACAAGCCGGCCGAAUCGUUUGCUGCUCACGCUUGGUGGGACUUUUGGCCCAGUGCGUACCAACCUACAGAGCGGUCAUACCUCUCCAAAGAAGGACGCCUGGUCAAUACGAGAUCUAAGGACGCGUCCGCGUCCUCGCCGCAGAAGGAGACGGACUCGGUCAUACCGUUGUCUGGGCGUCCUACUGCUGGUGCAGAGAACGCGGAUAGCUUGUACCAGAAGGAUUACCUUUCCGGGGACUUGUCGGACUUGUCAGACCUUUCGGACGACGAAGACGAUGAUGGACUGUAUGACAAGCGCAAGCGGUGGGAAAGAGCGAAUCCUCCUCCGAACAUCGUAGUGGAGCUAGAGCCGGCAUAUCGCCAGCGGUUCGUCGAGGCGUAUGAGAAGGACCCGGCUUUCAAGAAGCAAUGGGAGAAGGCGGCCUCGCCGUCCGACCCUUGGCAUCCUUCUCAACGCUAUCUGAAAGACGAAUACGGCUUGCUAUACUUUCGCGACGCCGAUUUUGUGCCACGGCUAUGCGUGCCAGCGUCGGAGCGAGCCGCCGUUAUGCGGGAAGCGCACGAAUCCCCCUUGCACACGGCUCAUGCAGGGCCGGAUAAGCUCUUACACGCCUUGUCCACUCGAUUCUUUUGGCCGCGUAUGUCCCGAGAUGUAAAGCGCUAUUGCGAGACGUGCGACGUCUGCCAGAAGACCAAGCAUCCCAACUUUACCAAGUUCGGCCUCCUCAGAUCCAACCCGAUCCCGGAGCGCGCGUACGAAGUCAUCUCCAUGGAUCUGGUGGUUAACUUACCCUGGAGUGAUGGGUACAACGCUGUCCUAGUUAUCGUCGAUCGCUUCUCGAAGCACGCCCAGUUUAUUCCUACGGAUACCGGUCUAGACGCUGAGGGAUUCGCUACCCUAUUCGUCAAACAUGUCGUCUGUCAAUUCGGGCUGCCGCGAGGGAUCAUAUCGGACCGGGACCGCCGUUGGACGUCGAAGUUCUGGAAUGCGGUCGCUGCAUUGAUGAAGUCUCGCAUGAUGCUGUCCUCUACGCAUCACCCGCAACAUGAUGGUCAGACAGAGAUAGUCAAUCAGCGGCUAGAGAUCAUGCUUCGAGCGUAUGUCGCGGGGGAUCGCACUGGUUGGGCGAAAUGGCUUCCCAUGCUACAACACUCCUACAACCAAGCGAAGCAUGCUUCCACUGGUUACUCCCCAUACUUAUUGCUGCGUGGGUGGGAACCGCUUGGAUCGUUAGACUUUGCCGCUCCUAAGCACGUAGCGUCCUUGCCACAGUCCGAACUCUCUGAGGAGGGAGUCCGCGACUAUCUUGCCUCGGUUGAGUUCCAUCGUCGAGCGGCCCGGGAUGCAAUGGCACGAUCUCAAGUUAAACAAGCGCAAGCUUACGACAGAGGUCGUCGUCAGAUCACUUUCGCUGUGGGGGAUGAGGUUCUCCUUAACCCUCACACGCUAGAGUGGGUUGAAUCUAAAGGCGCCGGGCGUAAAUUGGUCCAAAGAGCUAUUGGUCCCUUCAAAGUCGCUGAAAGAGUGACCGAUAAUACGUACCGUCUCAUCAUGGGCGAUACUUAUCCGGGAUCUCGAGUCUUCAACGUGGAGCACCUGAAGAAGUACCGCCGCUCAGGACCAGAAUUCGGCGAGCGUGAUGUCCUCCCGGAUUCUCUGCGCUCUAAGCCCGCAUCAGAGGAGUACCCCGUGGAGAAGAUAGUGGGUCACCGGUGGAAUGCCCCUAGCAUGACUCGGCACUUCCUUGUCUCGCGAGUUGCGCUAUUUUGCGCCUCUUUAUGGGCCCUCAGUUUCUGGAUUGCUGUCUCGGCUCCCUUCACUCUGGCCGCUCCCCGUGACGACGACGCGAUGGACGAAUCUCGUUGGCGACGGAUGGUACCUUCCCCUCCUGCGCGCGAAGCGGAUGACCCGCAGACGAACCUGGCGCUCUGGCACAGUUAUGCCGACUUAGCUCUGGACAUCGAGCCACGAUUCCACACUUGGAUUCAUCGCCUUCGGCUCUGGGGCACCCUGGGCUCCGACUUCGCAUGGGUCGACGAAGAAGCGGUUCUACCGCCUCACUCGUCGUCCCUGGCCAAUUGGACAAGUUCGGACUCCUCGGCUUACGGUACCUGGAUGGUCAUCGGCCAACGCGAACCUUACCCGCCGUCAGACCCGGGCCGUCCCCCCUACGCGCCUGUUCUCGAACGGGGCGGCCGGCCGUACUACCCCGGACGCGAUGGGAUCCCGACGUGGCCAGCGCCAGUGUGGUACACACCCGAUGCUCCUUGGCGAGCAUUUCUUUACUAUCCAACACGACCUCGAACCCUACACUGGUGGUGGAAAGAGGACGGGUUACUUAUCCGCGAGACGUUCGGCGGGUUUCUAUUGUCAGAACCCGCGGCCGUGGCCCUGAACAUUAUUGCCGACGACGUCGAAGCAUUGGUCGCGGGCCUCGCAGGAAUGCUGGACGCGGGAUUUCCACGUCCUGCUCCUGUUCGUCGCUACGGUCGAGCGAGUGCCGCUCUGGGGGAAGCAGCCGAUAUUGUUCGAGCUCUGGAUGAAUUCCGCCGUGAUGUCGCCGACCACUUGGCAUUUGCGCGGAUGGUGUUGCACCCCCUAUCUCGGGAUGCUUUGUUCGCGUUCGAGCCCGCUGGGUGGUUAUACCCUUCAGCACCAGGUCGCUCGUUCGCCGACUUAGUCGAAGCUUAUGGCGUGCGACAAGGGGAGUACGCGGGCUUCCUGCUCGACGUGUACGCGCCGGCUGCAGCGUGGCCGCCCCUAUCCACUCUCGCUGAUCUGCAUAUUCCGUACUGGUGGUGCACGGGUGUGGACGAACCUGACACGGCUGCCGGACGACGCCUCAUGCCUCGGCACUUCGCCCGUGUCAACACCGACCUUCCUCAGCAGGCCAGGCAAGAUGCCGCCCGCGAAGCACGUCGUCGGGAGAGCGAAGAGCGCUCCUCCACCGCUCCUUAUGGAGACGCCGUUCGAGUCGCUUUUCUCAAGGAUAAGCUCGGAUCGCGUCGCGGGGGCGUUGUGGGGGAAGGAACUCGAGCACUCUUGCGUCGAAGGGCGGUGCUACCACCCGGUCGCGCGCGAGAGGAUGUCUCCGGAAUGGCCAUCGCCUGGUUCACCGUCCGUCAUGCUGCGAUGCAGGGUUGGAUUCGCCGUUUCGAGUACCUACGGGACUGGCCUCGGCCCGGGGAUCUCACGUUUGUGGAAUGGAGACCGAUACCCGCUCGAGGCGAAGCCUCCGCUCCUUUAGGCCGUGCCGUCCCGAUUGACGAGCUGACCCGAUCCACCCGUAAACCCGCACAAAAAGGGAAAGCUCGCGAGUCGGACUCGGAAUGGGAGCAUUCGGGUAGUGAGGAGGAGGACGGGAUCUCGGACCUGGAAGGCGACCAACUCUUCGCGGAUAACCGUCAAUGGCCCGCUCGCCCGCCGCCGAUCAUACCCAGUCAACCGUCCUAUCCUCCGAGUCGCAUGGCUUGGCCGUCGAGCUACGGAAGCGCUACCACCGACUGGCGGGCUCGAGCCAUGGGUAUACCGAAUGAUCCGAACUGGUACCAGCCGGCGCUUAACCGGUUGACCGCCGACGCGGGCGAGGCCAUGGACGUAGAUCAGCCGACAUUCCCGGCCGGGAGUGGUCGACAGGGCAAUUCCGUACUCCCCCUCUCGCCCACACCCUCAGGAGUCGAUGUUGAGCAGUCGGAAGCGGUCACGGACACGAUUGAGCCCGCAGCGAGCAAAGGGAAAGGCAAAGCGAAAGCAACCGCCGCGCCGGCUCCUGAGCCUAGUGUCGAUACCACACAGGACGCCGACCCCGCUCCAGAUACUCCAUCCGCAGAGGAGUUGGCGUGGUCGCGUCGGGAACACUACGAACGUACAGUACGCCACUCGUACGGGGGUUCCUCAUCCGGAUCUGGGUCGAGGAGUCGCCCUAGCCACCGGGUCGCGCCUUUGCCUCCACCGCGAGCACGCAGUCCUCGCAGCAUAUCCCCCGCUCGCCGCGCGAGCUCAUCUUCCACUACAGCAGGGCCGGCUCGUCGACGGGCAUCCUUGUCGCGGCGUAUUAUGCCAGCACGAGCAGAUGCGCUUUUACUACAACGCUUGGGUCCCGCACCCGCGGUCCUUCGGCAACCUCCUCGCUCGCAAUGGCCCAUCGGUCCUCCGCGUCGCCCGUGGGGCUUUGUUGCGGAUGCUGCUCCAGUCGACGUCCGCUGGCCCGAUAACGAAGUACGGGGUGUGGAAGAGACCUGGUUCGCGGAGAUGGGGCGUAUUUCCCGCUUGCUCUGUCCCGAGCUGGUCCCUGGGCACUUAGUUGCCGCUGCUCGUGGGCGAGUGGCGCUGCCACCCGUCUCUGCACUGCGUCUGUGGUACUGGGAGCAUCUCGAGCUCGGUCGGGCCCAGUUGUUCGUGACUUGGGCGAUUGCGCAUGGUGUCCGUAUCAUCUGGGGGGCUACCGGUGUCUCGGUUCCUCCCCCCGAGCCCUUCGUCGCACCAGCUCCGCUGGAGGGCUCGAUGGGGUGGGCUGCCUGGUUCGCUGGCGCUGCGGCAGUUUCGGUCCGUCCGCACGCGCGGGCGUUCAUCUGGGACGGCGGCAUUCUCUGGCGCCUAGCGUUGCGCUUCAAUCCGGGCCUGGCAGCAGCAGCUCUCCAUGGUCCAUCCAUUGCGGCCCCGGCAGCCGACGACCGUUCGGGGUGGCAUAACUUCGUCUCGGAUGCUCUUACGGCCCCGGAAGUUAACGCGCUUAUUGGCCGCCUUCCUGAUGGUCGCUCUUGGUUCCCGCAUCCGGACAUAUGGGACGCAGCACUGGGCAUUGGGGAGUGGUGGUACGGCGCAGAACGCUGGUUCGAUUGGCGCUUCCAACAGAUUCAAGCGGGCAGGCUGGAGCCGUUGGCUGACGGCGCUUGGUAUCGGCAUUUUACCUCCUGGAGUGGAUCGGCGGUUAAGCGGGUCCUCCAGUAUG